CCCCUUGUCUUCUAUUGUAUUCCAACUCGAAGAGUAAUCUCUUGCCAUGAAGGGUGCCUCAUUGCUGAUCUGUGAACCCCGCCAAGGUCUCUACCCUCUGUCACUAUGCCCUUUUGCUUGUGAGGCGCCAUGACCGCGCCUGCCUUCAACCUCCACCACACACAGGACUGUACCACGCAAUGGCUAAUAUCCCCAAUAUAUGCGGGCUGCCUACCUGCAAUAGCCAUGUUCGAGCCUUCUCGGUCACCGGCUUCGCCAUCCCGCCGUGCGACUUCGACUCUUCCCUCAGCAACUACGGCUACUGUUGCCCCGCCCAUCUCUUCGAGCAUGCCCGUAUCCUGCAGGACCUCCACCGGGGCACGGUUCUCCUCGAUCGCUUCAUCAAUAAAAUCUUCCUGGUUGACCGGGGCUCGUCGUUCGACAAGGAGGUCUUGUAUGGUCGGCGGGCAGCCGAGGGAGCAAUCGACGUAAUCUGGGGGGAUUAUAUACGUGGAAGUCCCCCGCUGUUCAAAAACGACAUAUCUCAGGAGGCGAGGCUAUUUUCAAUCUCCUAUAGCUGCUGUAUCCGAGCCGUUGUCGUGUCCAUGGCGGCGUUGGCUUAUCUUACCGAAGGUAUGCAGGACUACGAAUG